AUGUCUUCCAUAACUACUCGUUCAGCAACAUCCGAUGACCUUCCCCAAAUGGUCGAGGUUUUCUUUUCCGCAUUCUCUGACUCAACCCUCAACAAGCGCUGCUUCCCUGAAUCGUCUCCAGAAGUAGUAGCAUGGCAAGAGGAAUUCAUUCGAGAAACCAUCGAUGACAAGAAUGACAAUAACGUGAUCGUUGCUGAACAAGACUCCCGUAUCCUCGGCUGGGCUCGCUGGGUUCGCAGAGAACACCCUCCGGCUGCCAAAAAUCUUGAACGGGAAUCGUUUCCUUCUUCAGGAGACCAGGAAACUGCGAGGCAUUUCUUUCAGCUGAACAACAAUGCAACGAUCAAGUAUGUCGCAGGAGAAAAGCAUUGGUUCUUGAGUACGAUUGCUGUGGCAAAGGCGGGGCAGCGACGGGGAGUAGGGUCUGCCUUGAUGAAAUUCGGUGUUGAGCGGGCUGAUGCUGAAGGUUGGAUGUCAUAUCUCAAUAGCUCUCAUGAGGGCAAAGGAUUGUAUGAGAAGUUUGGAUUCGAGGUUGUUGGAACGACUGAGUUUCCUGAUCUUGGUAUGGUGCAGUAUCAUAUGCGGCGAGAAGCAGUCAGGGGUUAA